AUUCGACAAACUCUCAUUCACCUCCUUACAAAAAAAAAAUGGUUUAACUCACGUGGACACAUUUUGGGCGGAGUAAAUCCUCUCGCUUCGCCUCUUCAUCUGAUUACCUUGAAAACAACGGUCGAACAUCUUGGACGCAAGUGUCCAAUUCUUGAAUUUAUACCAGUGGUCGAAUCAGUAACUAGUGCUUUGAAAACUUCAUUGGAGUAUCGGCGCUCCGGUAUCACGAGUCCCAUCACGAAGCCUCUAGCUCGACCGAACUAAAUACAUACCAUAACAUAUAUUUUGGUACUUCUUAGCUACUGUAGUUCGCAACUACAAUGAGAAACUGCUGUGCGGUGAAUUGUGCUAAUCGAGCUGGUCAAGGAUGGAGAUUCUUCACUAUACCAAGAGGAUCUCAUCCCUUCCAAAAGAAUAGAAGACGGUUGUGGCUGAAAGCCAUAAAACGGGUGGAUUGGGGCCCUGAUGGUCUGAGGGGUGAUUAUAGCUUGUGUGGAGCUCAUUUCAUCUUUGGAGAACCUUCUAUGGACUACAACAGCGCCGAUUUCGUUCCAUCAAUAUUUCCCCAAGGCAAACAGACAAGAAUCUCAAGAAAGACUAGAUGCAGUAAAGCACAGUCUGACGGCAGUGCUGUUGCCAUGGCAAGUCCAGACACAGAGGUCCAUGUCCUUCCUGACUGUCCUGAAGUGCUGCAUGGUCCUGACUGUUACCAUAGUGACCAAAGCACGCUAGAUCCGAAGCUGGAGGAUGAAAGUCAGACGCUGGACCUGAAUAUCAAAGAAGAAGAUGUGGAUAAUUUUAUGUAUCUAAACUAUUCUGGACUUCUGAAAGAGGAAAGGAUAGAGGAAACGUGGGAGUGUCCUCAGCCUGGGAAAGAGGGUCCUGACUGUAACCAUAGCGACCUAAGCAAGCCAGAUCCAAAGAUGGAGUCAGUCAAGAUGGAGGAUGAAAGUCAGACGCUGGAGCUGACUAGAAGUUGGCAGUACGUCCAACCGGCCCCAUACUCUCAGACCACGUGUAAGGACCCCCACAUCCGGCCCCAUACUCUCAGACCACGUACCACGUGUAAGGACCCCCACAUCCAGUCUGAGAGUAUGGGGUGUAAAGACCUUCACAUCCAGUCUGAGAGUAUGGGGUGUAAGGACCUCCACAUCCAGUCUGAGAGUAUGGGGUGUAAGGACCUCCACAUCCAGUCUGAGAGUAUGGGGUGUAAGGACCUCCCACAUCCAGUCUGA